GUUUUCUUUUUUCGUUGAGUUCAAUUCAGCAUUAUUCGCUCUUCAUCACAUUUUAACGAUUUGCAAAUUGCAAUUUACAUCUGAAUACAAGAAAACCAACGAGACUGAUAAAACAAAAUGGCCGAUUCCUCAGAGCAGAAUACAGCCAAUGGUGAUAAUGCUGCUGGUGGACCUCCACCACAACCACAACAACAGACCACUGUAUUGGGUCACAUGUUGAGUAACAAAGUGGAAGCAGGUUUAUGGUUGACAAGGGUGUUUACAGUUAUCAGCAGCAUUAUGUUUUUGUUGCCAGUAUUUGGUGGAAAUCCUUUCACACAUUAUCAGCGAGCUUUGAUCAGCAAUGCCGCCACAAGUGCCCUUCGACUUCACCAGAGACUGCCAAACUUCCAGUUUAGUCGAGCAUUUAUGUCGCUUCUGUUUGCUGAAGACAGUUGUCAUUAUAUGUUUUACAGCAUUAUCUUUCUGAACAGUUAUCCCAUUACCAGUAUCCUUUGAAUCUGUAUAUGACAA